AUGGUUUCGAAAUCUCAAAAUAAGGAGGCUCAAGCGUCAAAAGGUCAAGGCAAGGACAUUGCAGUUUCAAAGGCACAAAUGGGUGAAUCCAAAUCUGUUCCAAGCAAUCCCGCAAAGAAGAUGAGAUUUACUUCAUCCUCCAAGAAAGACCCAAGCUCUGCGACAUUUGAUGAAGUGACGAAAUCGACUUGCGGUAUCAACACAAUGAGCCGUGUUGUGAAGAGGAAAAUCCAGAAGAUUAAGCCUAUGGUUGAGUACAAUAGAAGUGGCAUAUCGCAUGGCAAGGCUGCUAUUGAGAUGCAGAGUUACAUUGGUGUUUUCACACGCACCAGAGUCCCUCUUGUGGACAAGAAAUGGACUCAAUUGCCCAAGGACCUGAAGGAGCAGAUUUGGGAAGCUGUUCAAAUGGCUUAUGUUGUUGGGGAAGGGGGCAAGAAGAUGGUGUUGUCGUCUGCCGCCAAAAAAUGGAAGGAUUUUAAGUCUACCUUAACAAGGCAGUUUAUCCUUCCAUUCACAAAUGAGACAGAGAAGUUAAAAGAGCCCCCUCAGCUUUAUAACUUCAUAGAGAAAUUGGAAUGGGAUGCCUUUGUAGCUUCAAGGUUGUCCCCAGAUUUUGAGGCUGUGCAUUCUGAGCAAUCACAGAGAAGGGAGAAAUGCGAGUACAACCAUAAGUUGUCUCGAAAAGGGUACAUUGGUUUGGAGAAUCAAUUGGAAGAAACCAUGCCUGGUGAAGAAAUCGAUCGAUCUCUACUAUGGAAGAUGGCAAGAGAAGAUGAAUAG